AUGAUCCCUAAGCGCAGGGGUCGGUCAUUGACCACCGCAGUCUUUCUUUUACUCGUCGCAUAUUUCUUUCUAUUUCAAAUAUUCUUCAGCCCCUCGCCAUGGCUAUUCAACCGAAGACCAAAACCAGUCAUAAACCCGGACACUCGAAAAAAUACCAUUCACAUGGCCGACGCGCGCACAAUAUAUCCUAUAAAUUCACAUAUCCCAUUACCGAAGAACCCAGCUCCACUGCCUCGCAUCCAGUACGAAUUCGGACCGGAGGCUUGGUUUGAGCGCCGAACAAGAACACAAAGACAGAAGGCUGUUAAGAGGGAAUUUCUGCAUGCUUGGGAUGGAUACAAAAACCAUGCAUGGCUCCGUGAUGAGGUUAGGCCUGUCAGUGGGAAGUUCGAAGACUCCUUCAGUGGAUGGGGUGCCACUUUGGUGGACUCUUUGGAUACAUUGAUUAUCAUGGGCCUGGAUGAUGAGUUGCACAUUGCGCUGGAAGCAUUGGAGCAAAUUGACUUUACGACCACAUUCAGUUCAGAGGUCAAUGUGUUCGAGAUUGUUAUCAGGUACAUGGGUGGGUUGAUCGCAGCUCACGACCUCACGGAAGGAAAAUACCCAAUUCUGCUGCAGAAGGCAGAGGAACUCGGUGACAUGAUUUACCAUGCCUUUGACACAAAGAAUCACAUGCCCCAGGUGCGCUGGAGAUGGGGCCGAUCCGCUAUAGGCCAGGUCAUUGAACCCAAGACCAAUACUAACCUGGCUGAGCUUGGAUCCUUUACGCUAGAGUUUACUCGUUUGACUCAAUUGACCAAUGAUCCAAAAUACUAUGAUGCUGUGCAGCGCAUUACAGAUGAAUUGGACAAAAAUCAGAUGACUACCAGCGUUCCCGGCUUAUGGCCUGUUUCUAUUGAUGCCCUGCGUAUGGACUUCACCGGAGACGAGUUCUCAAUCGGUGGGUGUGCAGAUUCGGCGUAUGAAUACCUUCCUAAAGAGCAUAUCAUUCUCGGUGCGCAGACAGAUCAGUAUAAGAAGAUGUACAUGCGUGCCCUGGAUGCGAUCAAAGACAACUUGCUAUUCCGUGCUGUUACCAAGGACGAGGAUAAGAAGAUCCUCUUCACUUCGGAUUUGAUAGUCGGGAAUGAAAACGCUCAUGAAAUUGUCCACCGCUCAGAUCAUUUGAAGUGUUUCCUCGGUGGCACUGUGGGUCUUGCAGCUAAGGUGUUUAACCGCCCCGAGGAUUUGGCCAUCGCUCGUGGACUCACGGAUGGUUGUAUCUGGGCGUAUGACUCGAUGCCAACGGGUAUCAUGCCUGAAAAAUUCCAGUUUACUCCCUGUGCAGAUAUGGAUGAGUGUCCAUGGGACGAGAACCGAUGGUAUGAGUCGGUACUUCAGGAGCCUCUUCAGUACCAUAAGCAUGUUCGGGAGGCGCAGAUAAUGAUUGCCAAGGAGGGAGUGCCUCCUGGAAUGGUCUCAGCGAAGGACCCUUCGUACAAACUGAGACCGGAGGCACUUGAAUCCAUGUUUUACAUGUACCGAAUCACGGGUGAUAAGACCCUCCAGGAUUCAGCUUGGCGCAUGUUCCAGAAUAUCCAAAGAAAUACUCGCACCAAGUACGGACACUCGGCUAUCGACGAUGUUCGUGAUCCUGUGUCGAAAAUGGAUGACCGGAUGGAGAGUUACUGGCUUGCCGAGACGCUCAAGUAUCUAUACCUCAUUUUCUCUGAGCCAGAUCUUGUCAGCUUGGAUGAAUAUGUCUUGAGUACCGAGGCACACCCCUUUAAGCGAACUUCUGGGUAUAUUUAG